CUAAAACGUUAUUCAGGCAUGUGUUCUUGUCAGUUCAUGUUCUUCUUCAGCGUUCGCCUGCACUUGGGUUAGAUAGUGUCCAGCAAGUUUUGCUCCACCACGCCGGGAUGUGCAUUUUUGCGUGCCAGUACGGUCACGCGCCAUUUGGGGGUAAUUGGCAUACAUGCAGUACACUCCGAAUGCAGUGGACCGGUCUCGUCCCUUGCCGAGGAAGGACGAUCAGGAUGACGAGAUGGACUGCAAAGGAGUCUAACAUGUAGUGACUCCGACUUCGGCAAUCGCAAGAAGCCAGAGGAAGAAUCCGUCACAAGCUAAGCUACUCAUGUUUCUCACUUUUGCUUCGGUCUGGUUAGCAGCCGGGUAAAAGGAACCUUGGUUUUACGUCUCAUUAAACGGAAGAGGCAAUGUUGGGUAAGGUGUCUCGCUGAAGGACACAAGGACGAACUUAACUUUUGCCAGUUAGAUUCGUGUCGAAUCCGACCACGGUUUUUACUUUUGAGACCCUGCAUACGUCUCGUGAGUUGUCAUCAGCUGGACUGAAUUGAAAGACGCUUCACCCUUCAUCUUCAGCGAUAAGGUGAUAAGGGUGACCCCGGCGACAGAAGACCAGCUGCUCUUUCUUCAAGACAUGUAUGCAAACGGGAACGAUAAGAUUGUCGAUUUUUGGACCGACCCAGUAGGACUCGGUUUUGAGGUGGACAUGCGCAUCACCAGGUCCUGCUUCUGGUUGCUGGAUGAGCUAAGACAGAAUGGCCUGAAGCCAAUCGUUGUCAUUGAUGAUGUAGAGAAGUGCAUUGAUGACCAAGAUGGCCGCAAUCGUCGGAAGCGGAUGCAGGAGGAGGAGUUCUCUUUUUCAACCUAUCAUACCUACGACGAAAUUAUGGAUUGGACACGGUCCAGAUCAGAGGCCUGUCCCCCAGAACUUAACUGCUCCAUUGAAGUUAUAGGGAAGUCGUAUGAGGGAAGAGAUAUAAUCGUUUUAAAGCUCGGUGUCCCAGGGAGGAACAAGACCGGUUUGUUUUUUGAUUGUGGUAUGCACAGUAGAGAAUGGAUUAGCCCUGCAACCUGUCUCUAUCUCAUCAACGCGUAUAUUGAGGGAUACCGCCAAAAUGACGGCCCGAUAAUUGAUAUGCUGACCACGUGGGACAUCCACGUGAUACCAAUUGUGAAUCCGGACGGGUAUAACUACACGUGGACGGUGAAUCGGCUGUGGAGGAAAACUCGCACCCCAAAUAUAGGCAGCGACUGUGUUGGGACGGACCCGAAUAGGAACUGGGAUUUUCACUGGAGAGCGAAAGAAGACCCGUGCCAGAUUAUAUACCCCGGACCAUACCCUUUCUCUGAGCCAUGCGUCCAGGCUGUUGCGGACUAUCUACUUGAUAGAACCAACGUCCUCGUCUACAUCAACGUGCAUUCGUUCGGGCAAAUGUGGUUGCCAUCUUGGGGGUACACUCACGAACUACCGCGAGACUUCGACGACUUGGAAAGGGUUGCUCAACGCGCCGCCCGUGCCUCCAGAAUAAUAUUUGGCAGCGAGUACAGAGUAGCAACCAGUGGCCAGCUUCUUGUGUCAAAUAGAGGCGUUGCAAAGGACUGGAUGAAGGGGGUCGCGGGUGUUAAAUACACUUACACCCUUGAACUUCGAGAUAGAGGACAGUACGGGUUCCUCCUUCCUGAGGAUCAAAUCAUACCAACUGGAAUUGAAAUAUUUUAUGCAUUUGAGGCACUCUUGAAUGAAGUGGAAGAAAUUGAACACAUUAAUGCUUAGAUUAUCACCAGUCUUUUGCCUUCUCGACUAGCGGUGAAAUCGAUCUACAUGUAUGCAGAAAAACGCGCAGAAUCUGACUCAACACCUGAAACAGCGUCAGCAAGAAAAGUCAUCCGCCGUAAGAAAUGUUCUAAGUUUGUAGUUCCAUUUUACUAUAGCAUGUGGCGCUCCUGUUAGGUAUCAAGGACAGAUUAUGGGUGUUUUCUGCGCCAACACAAAACCAUUUGGUCACAGCCGCGUGAAGGCACCUACCACAUUCAGCAAAUCCAUUAGCGAUCGACCAGCCGCCAACGGGUGAUACAUGUAUGUGUUUUUAUGUGUUUUUUGUGUGUUUUCUGUGGGUUUUGUUAAGCGGGCAAAUCGAUCGUUAUUGAUCUUCUCGAUUCCGAUAUCAUCACGCGCCUGUGCUACACCCGAGCCCUCACGGUGUAAUGGACGUCCGUGCUGCAGAGAGAAUAUCGUUCGAUCUGCUCGGAGAUGUAAACGACUCCCCGCAGUCUCAAAUAUUUGCCCUUUUUAUAAACCUACCCUGCACAUGGAGGGUCAAGAUGCAGAAUACGGCGCAUAUGAAAAUAAAUGCUGGGGAAGAGCGUAUAUUCGACUGCAUGGCAAACAUCGGACUCCUUGUGUUACCCCUUCCAAUUUUAGCCUAAAUGAUAUUGUUUGCCCGGAGAUCCGUCCCAUUUAAUGUUAUUUGUCCACUUGACGGGAACUUGUUCAUCUUUGAUUGGGAGGGGCGUGAAAAGUGAUGCUGGAGCCAACAGAGUAGUCCGAUUGUCCCUCUAUUGUUCUGUGCCACCCAACGUCAGCUCGGCACUGAAGUGAUAAUUGGCUUUGGUAUUCUCCCGUGCUUGUUCGAGGACGAGACCCCUUGGUCUAUUAUUCGGGAAGUUAAUAAUGUGACUGGAGUCUCCCGUUGGCGCCAGGAAGCCUGUAGCCGGGCCGUCAAUGAGCUAUCAAGUGUAACACAAGGGCAGUGAAAACAGGAAGAGAAUUGACAUGUAUAUACAGACAUUUUAUUACUGACAAUACAAUGGACAUGUACAAACAAUAUACUCCUCUUUCACGAUUUUGAAUAGUACAAUAAAAUAAAACUUCUCAUUGAGAGUGGUCAACAAUGUCAACAGUGUAAUGUACAAAUUGUAAACCCCAUUUUCUGGUGGCACAAAAACGUCACGUCAACGACGAAUUUCCGAAACAUUCAUGACAUCGGGAAGUGGGUUGGGGCAUCAGAAACUGUCAUUGACAUUCCACGGGUAUUUCCAUGCUCGUCAAACUUUAGAAUAAUGCCCGCCGCAUAAGAUUAAAUUUGUCAUCAGAUUUUCCGAAUAUCAUUAGCAUCUUAAUGUCCGUUAGCUUUCAGUCAUAUACACACAUGCAGUCGGUCUUUGCUUGUACACGGUACGGUAGAUGAAAGUUUGAUUGUGCGGCGGGGAUUAGGCUGAAAGGAAGGGCCAUAGGAAAAGACAACAUUUCAUAGAGCUCACAUGCACAACCACACUACGUGAAAAGUAGAAGUCACUGUCCUUAAACACCUUAUAGUUCCUGAGGUUGGUGUGUAGGCCUACAUACCUGAUAAUUGCAGUCUCUGCUAAUCUGUUCUAAUUUCGAGGUAGUUGAUGAUGAGUAGAAAGUACAGUUUAGAACAACACAUUGGUGUUGUAUGGCCAUUUGUUACUAAUUGAACAACUGAAAACAACGCUCGAAGUAUCGACCAAGACUGUCGACUCCGGCGAGGGCGAGUAUCGAGUUUCUUGUGCUUGAGGAUGGCGCCAAUCAUGUUAAUAGAACUUCCGGUCGUAUUCGUGACUUCAACAAUUUUGACGCUUUUGGAUGACUACCAUGAACAUAUAUGAUCGUUUCCUUUUUUCAUUAUCGGUUCUUUGCACAGCUUCAAUUUUAUCUGUACAAUGUAAAGACUCCCGCUGUGUCAAAGAUUGUUUAUCAUCUGUUAUAGCUGUUGUGCAGCCUGGAAGUCUGAAGUCAGAAAUUCUUCCGACAAAAUUGAAAUAAAUGCCUUUGUUUUAACCACAUGAACGAAGCAGUCCUGGAUUAAAUAAUUGUACUUUUUGUUCGAUUCUCAAACCAACUUUAAAUCAAGCUUACUAUUUACAUGAGCCGGCGAUACCAAAAUGAUAAACCAGCAUGAUUAAGAGAAGUAAUAAAUAAUUCAAAAUAUUGUUA